AUGACUCCACAGCCACCACCCAUCAACCCUUUGUCAUGGCCAUUGCCACAGCCUCUAUUGGACAUAGAGCUGGAGGGCAUGCUGGAUGCAAAUGAGCCGAACCAAUGGAUGCAAGAGGACCCUCAUUUUGAUACUAAUACUGGCUACGAAUUCCAACCAUUUCCUUUAGACAUCAGUUAUCUGGAAUGGUCGCAGUGGACAAAUUCUGAGUCACACCUCAUACCAACCGCUGAUGCACAACCUGGACAUCAAGAUCAUGAAGAACUAAAGGUUUCAGAAAAUCUAUAUGAUACUGCUCCGCCUUUAGCAGCAGAAUAUGUUGACCCAUCCCUGUCCCAACCAAGUCUCGCCAAUGUCUCACAGUGGCUUGAUGGGGCAUAUCGUCCUCCUGUAUCAUGUGCCCAUUGUCGCAGGCAUCGGCUGCAAUGUCUGAUAAUUCGCACUGGGCCCGCCAAUCCAAAUCCCAAAAAUUCCUGCUCAAGCUGCGUAGCCCUUUUUCGGGAAUGCAGCUUAGCAAAGGGAGAGAAACGCCUCCCGUCGGGCUUUGAAACUUUCUCGCCGGUCUUAGGCCAUCUCCACGGUGUGCCGGAAGAUGGAAACCCGUUACCCGCUACCACUGUGGACAAUGGCGAUGAACGAAAAGAACCUAAACAGUUCCUCAGAAAAGGAGCUAGAGUUCUUCGCGAGUGGUUCUAUCAAAAUCAAGAAUAUCCUUAUCCAACAGAUGCACAGAAGAACCAGAUGGCCCACGAGACUGGCUUCUCCCCAAAGCGCAUAUCAACCUGGUUUGCAAACGCCCGCCGCCGUCAAAAGCAAAAGAUCCAGGCUGCGGGGCUUUCUUCCACAUCCCGUAUGCGCUCAGGCUCCCCCAUGGUCACCAGCACGUUGUCUUCCCUGACUCCCAUGGAACGAUGGCAGGCUUCCCCACCAGAAGACGAACCUGUUCCAGAACUGGCCAUUCAACAUGCCAUUGCCUCUGGCUCGAUGCAGUCGGACGACAGCCUUGACCCGUCCCAGCUCGAUGGGUCUAUGAUGGAUUUCUUCAAUUUCGCCGAAAGUUCGUCCCAUUUGGCGUCCUCUGUAUCGAGCAUUGGAAGCAAGUUGUCUGAGACAUCUGAUAGCACCUCUUCAGCGUGGAGCUACCAUUCCUCGGCAGACGCGGGGCUACCAUUCCCACUGCUCCCAAAACAAACUAAACCCAAGCGCAUCCGAGGACGGCAGCGAGCAACAGUAGACUAUAAUUACCAGUGCACAUUCUGUUCGCAGUCCUUCAAGAAGAAACACGACUGGGCCCGCCACGAGAAAAGCGUUCAUCUUACCCUGGACUCCUGGCUUUGCACUCCAAAUCUCAACAGCGUCCAACAAGCGUUUGAACUCCAGUCUUCUGAAUGCUCCUUCUGCGAUGUUCUUUCCCCAACGCCCGCCCAUUGGGAAGAGCAUGAAUUCCAAGUGUGUGCCGAUAAGCCUGCCCAAGAGCGAUCAUUCAGUCGAAAGGAUUAUCUAUGGCAGCAUCUGCGCAAAUUCCACAGUUGUACGAAAGCCCCCGUGGCUGACCUCGAAUCCUGGCGCGGAUCGGGUACCAACGUCGAAAGCCGCUGUGGUUUCUGUGGAUGUUCACUGUCCACCUGGUCAGCUCGGGCGGAGCACCUGGCAGCUCAUUUCAAGAAAGGGUCUCGUAUGGAUCAAUGGGAAGGUGAUUGGGGUCUGGAUGCAUCUGCCUUAAGUAUUUUACGCAACGCAGUCCCACCAUCUCAGCGGGCCGGCGUAAACAUGUCUGUUUAG